AUGUCCAAUGGGAUACUUGCCCAGCAGUUCAGCCGACACAUUGAUGAAGCAACCCGCCCCCACCAGUUCGCCUUGUCCACACGUGCUGGGGCUGAGGCUCUCGCCCACUCCCUUCAACUCGAGACCGAUUCGGAUCCCAGCUGCACUGUCCUUUCUGUCGACGGCAUUGGUGCAUUCGACUUCGUGAGCCGCCGAGCCAUGCUGACCGAGCUCCAGCACACACCCGAUGCCUCUGCCAUGCUUCCCUUCGUCCGCCUGUUUUAUGGCGCUCCGUCUUCAUUUGUUUGGACUGACGAUGAAGGCGUCACCCACCUCGACCAACCCGCUUUUCCAGCAGGCCAAGUGUCGUGGAGGUACGCAUGGUCCAGCGAGAACGAAGAGCAGAUAUGGCUGCAAGAACGCCCAUGCCAUCUCGUUUGGGCACAGGCCCCAAGUCUCACGGCACUUGCACGGACGUUGGUGGCAGCCGCGUUUGUGGAGGCGAAGCGUGGAGCCCUCAUGAUGACCAGGAGGCUGUUGCAAUCAGCUGCCGCUGAGUCCACAGGCCAUUCCCGUUGCCAUGUCGCUUCAACUGUGGCCCAACUCAUCAGCCUCUCAAUGAAGUUUUCAGACGGAGCUGACGAGGCCUCCUGCAUCGCUGUGCGACAGGUUUGGGACGAGCUUCGACAGACUUUGGGCACAGAAGCCGUCCUGCACAGCAAGUUCGCACCCUGGGGGGUCCUUCUUUUCGGGUUGCUACAUCAUUUGCGGGGCCAAAUUCGAGCCGGACCGACACACUGUCGGCUAGCGUCUCUGCGCGAGGUCUGCGAGCCCAAAGGGCUGGCGGCUGUCACCGCAGAGGGGCUCCGGAAGGCUGUCGCAGGGAGACUGGUCCCAAGCGUUCCAGCAAUCAUGGCGUUCCUUUCAGAGAUCUCCACGCUUUGCAACCGAGGUGUAGCAGCUGCCCACCUUGCCUUGGCACAAAGCUUGCUGCUGCUGACGGCUCAGGCUGACUUGCCCCUUCUGCAGCGCCAGAGAAAGCCACUCCGAGCUCCCAGCUGCCAGAACGGAGGAUUUCAGUCUCCGAACGCAGAGGCCUGGGUUUCGAGGCUGUCCAGGACCCAGAUGGAGGUCGUGGCCAAGGAGCUGCCGGAGCUUUCCUACGCUGGGCUCCGGAUCCCGAUGAAGAGGCAGAACCUCUCCAGCUUCACUCACGCAAGCCGUGCUGGCAGAGGACAUCGCCCAGCUGUUGGAGGAGGCGUGGACCAUCCUGGCCGGCGAGCAGAUCGAGGGCUUGUUGGAAGGAACCUGGCCCUUGGCGGGCUGGGUUGGAAGUUCUUCGCUUGCCUGACUGUCAUCCGCCCGCCACCGCAGAUCCGCCGGCGGGGACGCUUCUACUGA